GGAAUGUAAAGGAUGUGACACCAAUUAGCGGCGGAGUGCGGAAGUCAGCGGCAUCAGUGCGGUUAAAGUGGUGCUUGCUUGGAAAUGAAGUGCUUCAUAGGAAGUGUGGAUAGAAAGCACAGUCCUAUUGAGCUCCCUGAUGGUGUAGCUGUUAAUCUAGGAAGAAGUCCCCAGACCGGCAUCUCAGACAGGAAAUGCUCCAAGAAUCAAGUGGAACUUGUGGCAAAUAUUGACAGGAGAGUUGUUCGUGUCACUCAGCUUGGUGCAAACCCUACCGCCAUAGGAGAGCAGAAAUUAAAGCAUGGAGAAAGCACUCUCAUGAAUGAGGAUCAGACCCUCUUCUUGGUAAACUCUUUAUAUCCUUACACUCUAUUUUUUAAUAAAGAGAACCCCCAAAAUACCAAACUGUCUGCAAAGCCAAAGCCUGGCUCACAAGUGAACAAAAAGCCUCGUCCAGCUACUUCCCCAAAGAAGACAAUAAAGGACUUUUUUGGUGGGGCUCCAUCGGAAAACCAGAAGAAAAGAGAGCAAGAGGAAGAUGGUGAAUUGGAACCAAGCAGUAAGAGAUCAAAGUGCCAGGAAUCCGAAUUGAAAGCAGCAGAAGAUAGUGAUGAUUCAGACAAAGAAGGCAUUUCCAGUAAACUGAAAGAAUUUCAAGAGUUAGCAGCCAGAGCUAAUAGCACUAAUACUAAACUACCUCAUGAAUCCCGAGACACACUGAGGGGUGGAACCUGCAGUAAGGACGUUUGGGAAGAGCAUGGAAAGCUCCUGGUGUUUAACAAGAAAGGUGUGCAAGCUUCUUCCAAGAUUGCUGGAUUUGACAUUGAUGGAACGAUUAUCACUACAAAGUCAGGAAAAGUCUUCCCAACCAGUGCUGAUGACUGGAGAAUUUUGUAUCCAGAAAUUCCGAAAAAGUUGAAAGAACUCUUGAAAGAUGGCUAUAAGGUGGUUUUUUUAACCAAUCAGAUGGGAAUUAGCCGCGGUAAACUGAGGCCUGAAGUUUUUAAAGCGAAAGUUGAAGCAGUUUUAGAUGAACUGAGUAUACCUGUACAGGUGUUUGUUGCUACUGGCAUGGGAAUCUAUCGUAAGCCAGUCACUGGAAUGUGGGAUUACCUGUGUGAGAAGGCUAAUGAUGGUAUCAAAGUGCAGAAAGAAGAUUGUUUAUAUGUUGGAGAUGCUGCUGGGAGACCUGCAAAUUGGGCACCAGGCCGCAAGAAGAAAGAUUUCUCAUGCAGUGACCGCUUGUUUGCUCUUAAUAUCGGCAUACCGUUCUACACUCCAGAAGAGUUUUUUCUUGGAUGGAAGAAGGCUCAGUUUCAGUUUCCUGCCUUUGACCCAAAAAAACUGGAUCAAAAUGGGGCACUCUGUGAUCCCCCGUCUUCCUCUCUGGUGUCGUCUUCUGCAGAGGUUGUGGUUACUGUUGGCUUUCCCGGAGCUGGAAAAUCAACUUUCAUAAAAGAACACCUGCUCCAGAAAGGCUAUGCAUGUGCCAACAGAGACACUCUUGGAACAUGGCAGAAGUGUGUAGCAGCCUGUGAAGAAGCUCUGAAAAAUGGUAAGAGUAUUGUUAUCGAUAAUACCAACCCAGAUGUGGAGUCCCGUGGGCGGUACAUCAGCUGUGCACAGAAAGCAGGAGUUCCAAUUCGAUGUUUCCUCUUCACUGCCACCAUUGAACAGGCCAAACACAAUAAUAGGUUCCGAGAGAUGACAUUCACGGGUAAAGGACACGUUUCGGUAAAUGACAUGGUGAUCAACAGCUACAAGAGUAAAUUCGUGGCACCGUCUUUAAAUGAAGGUUUCAAUGAAAUUCUGAAAAUUAAUUUUGUGCCAAGUUUCAAGAAUCCAGAGCUAAAAUCUCUAUAUCUGCAGUUCUCAGAAGGCUAAAUGGAGUCACUGAUUUGACACUCGGAACUAA